GAUACCCACAUAUGGCGACCAUGAGAAUGGGCAGGAACGUGGCGGCGCCAUUGCUGUUUCUCAACUUAGUAAUGUACUUCAUCGUCUUGGGUUUCGCUAGUUGGUGCCUCAACCACUACAUCAAUGGCCAAACUCACCAUCCCAGCUUUGGGGGAAAUGGCGCCACCGGGUUCUUCUUGACCUUCUCAAUUCUGGCGGCGGUGCUCGGGAUUGUAUCAAAAUUCGCCGGCGGAAACCACAUAAGAGCCUGGAGGAAUGACAGCUUAGCCGCCGCAGUCUCAUCGUCGUUGGUAGCUUGGGCUGUCACUGCGCUGGCUUUUGGGCUGGCAUGCAAGCAGAUAAACGUAGGAGGGCACAGAGGGUGGCGGCUGAAGAUAUUGGAAGCAUUUGUAAUAAUUCUGGCCCUAACCGAGCUGCUCUACCUCCUGAUGCUUCACGCCGGCGUUUACAGCAGCCGGUACGGGCCCGGCUACCGGGACACUGAAUACGCCGGCCCGGUCGGCGCCGGCGAUCCAGCACUCAAGGGCAGCGCCGGCGUGGCUGGGACUAGGGUUUAAUUAAGCUGCAAAGAGCUUGCUAGCUA